CCGGGUCACACACGAACGUUCCUAGUACCUUCCAUACGUACUGUACUCGAUUGUUUCGAAAUUCAAAAAACAAUGUUAAAAAAACAAAUUCCAAGUCGACAUCAAAUCCAUACACACCACAUACCGCAUUGCAACGCAGUUCCAGCACUCGACCGGAACACCACCGUCGCUGAAUCCUAGAGGAAGCGAGGCAAGGCAAACACCAUUGCUGCCCCAUUCCCGCACGAGCCCGAACAGCACUCGUAGACGUCCAACGGAGCACUUUGCCACCAAACCUACCGCCCCGAAAUGACCCCAACCACCGCCGCCCCUUCGAAACCGGUGGCCGCGGGCCGCCUCCGGUCCUUUUGCCUUCUCUUGGCGCUCCUCCUGCUCUCCGCCGCCGGUGUCCGCGCGUCGGCCCCGGUCCCCGAUGAAGCCCCCCUCGCGGGCGCCGCCACAGAUGCCAACGCCAAAAGCGCAACCGCCCGCUUUGUGCACAAGACGAUCAUCAUCCCCCACGACGACAAGAAGUUCCGCGGGGGGGAGGACGCGGCGUCCACCGUCGACGACCUCCUGGUGGUCGCCGACGGGGUCGGCGGCUGGGCCAACAGGGGGGUCAACCCCGGCCUGUACUCCCGCAGGCUCACCGAGCUGAUCACCACGAGGUUUUCCGCCCUCUCUCCCGACGAGAAGGCGGGGGUGAACAUGCGAAGGCUCCUCCACGCCGCGAACCACGAGGCGGCGUCCGAGCACCUGGGGAGCGCCACCUGCACGGUCGUCCGCCUCCUGGACGCCGAGACCCUGCAGACCCUCAACGUGGGGGACUCGACCUACAGCAUCCACCGCCGCAAGACCGGCUCGUCCGGCCUGGAGGUGGUCUACGCCGCCGAGCCCGGCCAGAAGGGCUUCAACUUUCCCUACCAGCUCGGCGGGGACUACGGCGACCAGGUGGACGACCCCGGGGCCUGCGACGGACCCCGGACCCACGCGCUGGAGGACAAGGACGUGAUCGUCGUCGUCAGCGACGGGGUCAACGACAACAUGGACCCGGAGGAGUACCACGCGUGCAUCGAAGCGUACCAGUGGAAAGGCGAGAGCAGCAAAGGCAAACCCAGCGACCUCGGCCUGGAGGACCUCGACGUUUUGAGCUUUUCGGCCGUCGCCGACUGCAUCGCCCGGAAGGCCUACGCCCUGGGCAAGGACCGGAACCACUACUCCCCCUUUGCCAGGAGCGCCGCAACGUACGGCAAGCGCUACCGGGGGGGAAAGCACGACGACAUUACCGUCACGGUGGCCCAGGUCGAGCCGGUCGGGCGGACGCCCCCCUCGCAAAAGGACCCCCACCGGAGCGAGAGCAUCUUUCUGUACAGGGACGAGGACGGGCCCGUCGGGGCCCCGGGGGACCUGCCCUCGAUGGAGGACCUCCUGGAAGCCAUGGGGGAGCCGGCCCUGGAAGCCGAGUUGUAGCCCGAGGACACAAAGCGCACCGAUAAGUAAAAUGCCCGCAGCAAAACAAAAGCCGUUCGACCAAAACCUAAUUUCCGGUGUAGGAUGCCUGCGUGUGCACGAACUAAACAAGCGAUUUGGAU